AUGGUUCAACUGUCUCCCUCUUUUCUCCUCCUAGCCUCGGCCAUCACCUCCAGUGCGGGCGUUAAUGCAAGGGUCAUCGUCCGCCGCGACAAUGUGUCGCCUUUCGAGGGCAACGUUGUGGGCGGUGGUAGUAAUCGUUUGGCCAAUUCGCAACAGUUCCCCACCGUCAAACCAAGCAGACACGACGCCAUCUUUCCCCUCGCAAAGCCGUUGCUCUCCUCCACUCCACCCGCUGCCGCCUCAAGUGGCACUUCAUCCGCAAAGUCAGUUGCUCCUGCCCUUUACGGGUCGGGCUCCUCAAGUCAGGCGGUUCCUAAGAAGGCGAGCUCCUUUGCUCGCGCCGUAGCUACCGAUGACGGAAACGGUAGUCUCACUGGAUCUACUGCUGGUCCUUACGUUCCGGCCGUUGACCCGGCGCAGGACCAGAAUGCUUCCUCAUCUGCUAGCUCCAGCGGUGCUGCGGAUAAUGAUCAGCUGCCGGACCUUGUUGGCUCAACAUUUAAGGUAUACCCGCUGAUGGCUAUUCCCACCUCCAGUUCUGGCCCCGUGCAAAUCGGUGCGGCGCAGAUGGCGGCCGUCGACACUACCACUACGGACGCGACGUCCGCAGCCUGGCGGGCUGUGCCUUGCAACGGCCAGAUGCUCCAAGGCGCCGGUCAGGGUGCAGACGCGGCGAACCAGUACCUCCAGAUGGUGCCGUACGCCGCCACGGCUGCUGAGCUUGAGUCAGCCAUGGAGGCAGGUGCUGCUGUCGGGGCGAACGCAGCUAUGAGUGGCAUUGCUGCAGCUUCUGCGGCGGUCGCAUCUGCCAUCACUACUACGCACACCUUUGACGAUGGUAUGUGGCACCCUCCGACCAGUGCGGUGCCUACGCCUACGACGCAAGCCCAAGUGGCACCGGCAGUGCCGACUGCGGCAGCCGCGCCUGCAGGCGACGCGUACACACCACCUGCUCCCGCAGCUGCAACUAGCGCUGCGACCGCACCUGCGAGCGACUCGAGCUCGAUGCAACCGGCCGCGAUCGCCGGCGACGAUAUGGCUGCUGGUGGCGACAGCACCGCGUCAUCCGGCGAUUCGUCUGACGCCGCGGGCUACGCGUCCGAUUACGCUGCAGCCGACUCUGACUCUAGCUCUGGGUCUGCAGCGGGCUCCGACUCUGCGUACAGCCGUAGGAGCAUCUACCACGAUCAUCAUGGCAAGAGAAAGAAAAACAAGACUGAGAAAUCGAAGGGCAGUGACGAGAGGUCGUCCUCGAAGGGCAAGAAAAGCAAGAGUAAGAGCAAGAAGAGCAAGAAGAGUAAGAAGAACAAGAAGAAGGCAGGCAGCGGAGGCAAAGGCAAGAAAUUCAAAGCGCGCUCGGUGGCUGAGCUCAUGUCGAUGCAACGCCGUCAGGGCGAGCUUCAAGGCCAAGACUUUAUCAAACUCAACGGCUUUGAUGUCCAGCUCCUGGGCGGUGAUUCGGAUGAAAUCAACCAUUUCCAACUCAAUGCUGGCAUCGACAGCGACAGUGGAUCAGAUGACAAUGAGUACAUCGAGAAGCGCCUUGUUGGCGGUCUUGGUGGAAGUGGUGCAUCUGGCAGCUCUUCACCUGGAAAUAUCAAUGGCCUCACGUCCAGUCUUAACGGUGUGAUUGGCGUCCUGGCUCCCCUCGCAGGCGGUCUCUUUCAGAACGGCCUGGCGCAACAAGUCGCUUCGCUCGUUCUGACUCCCCUUUCCGGUCUUGGGGGUGCCACCAGUGGUUCCUCCGCUGGUAAAAGCUCGGGAGGUCUGCUUGGCAGUCUCGGCGGUGGAAUGCUGAUGGACAACACGACGCAGAGUUCUACGGUUGGCGGACCUGCGAACGCGUCCAUGCUCCUCAGCCCUUCCACCUCGCAAACCGGAUCCACGCUCACAAUGGUUCCUGUCAACGUCACGACCGGCAGUAACACCUUGAAGAGUGUCGCACUGGAGGCGUACAUCUACAAUCUCGCGACAGGCAAGAGCGAUAUAGUCUGCGCAUCUGUCGAUAAGACUCCUCCUUCGACCCUCCGUAUGGAGUCAUGCGGCGCCGACAAGGUUGAUUCCAAUCUGAGUCAGACCUUUUUGUUUGACCCGCAGACCGGCAUUAUUGAGCCUUUCUUAGGACAAACGGUGGGACCCGCUUCUCAGUCUGCUACCCAGCCGUCCAUUUCGACGAUUGGCACAUCGUCCGGAGCAGCACAACAGCAGAACACCACUGCCACCUCACCCACAAUGGUUGAUUCCUCCAAGCCUAGCUCUGGUGUAAAGCUCGUCUUCAUCCCUGACCCUAGUGGAGAUGCCGCGUCCUCCAGUGGUGAUGGCUCUGCGUCUUCGAGCUCCUCGGCUCCUGGGGCUGUAGCGGCUGCUUCAGAGCCGCCAGCGACGGAUGUAGUCGCUCCCAACCCGGUUACGUCUAAUGUGGCCUCGGCUCCUGCUCCUCUGUCGCAUGUUCCGGACGCAGCGUCUUCCACUUCCGUCGCUUCUUCCUCAAUUCCGUCUGCCGUCACAUCUGCUUCCAACGUCUUCCCCAGUGCUGCCCCUGUCGCCGCGACGCCAAGCCUAGGGACUGCAAGUUCUGUCACCUCUAGUGUCGUUGCAGCGAGUAGCACGGUUUCCUCCAGUUUGGCAGCUUCACCUGCUGUCAACUCUCCGGCAGGCGAUUCGUACGUGCCCCAAACCGACAGCACCGACGGUGACGACUCCAGUUCCAAUUCCGAUAGCGUCGCUCAGGCAGUCAGCCAAGCCUUCCCAUCGGGCUUGCCGACUGCAACCGCGACUGCAUCGUCGGCUGCCGGCACUAACACCGCAACUGCUCCCAGUGGCUUCCCUGCAGGCGAUGCCAUCGCCUCCGGCUCCAACUCUGCCGCCAGCGCGGCAGCACCGUCUGAUGCGGACCAACCUUCACAGGCAGCCGUUGCUUCGCUCACUGGCUCAGCCCCUGCUGGUGACUACGGAGCGCCGGUCAGCAACAAUUCGGCGAGUGCCAAAUCGGACUCCGCCUCGCCUGGGGCAGCGAUAUUGUCUGCUUCCACCACGAGCGCGGCCGCGCCAACUUAG